AUGACGGCCCCCAGCCUCGCCUGCUGCCUGCUCGGCCUCCUGGCGCUGACCUCCGGCUGCUACAUCACCAACUGCCCCGUGGGCGGCAAGCGGGCCGCCCUGGACCUGGACCUGGACGUGCGCAAGUGCCUGCCCUGCGGCCCCGGGGACAAGGGCCACUGCUUCGGGCCCAGCAUCUGCUGCGGGGACGAGCUGGGCUGCUUCCUGGGCACGGCCGAGGCGCUGCGCUGCCAGGAGGAGACCUACCUGCCGUCGCCCUGCCAGUCCGGCCACAGGCCCUGCGGGGACGAGGGCCGCUGCGCCGCCGACGGCCUCUGCUGCAGCCCCGACGGCUGCCGCACCGACCCCGCCUGCGACCCCUAG